CCCUUAUGACUUCCCGUAGCAGCUGUACGUGUACAGAUCAUUCCAUUCUCAAAACUUAAAACUCAAAAGCACUUAUUCCAGUUUUAGUUUAUAAAUAGUUUAAAUUAUAAAUGUGCGUUCUUUCUUGACGAACAUGUGUUUACUAACGUUUUGAGACUCAAUUCUUAAAACCAUCGAUAGCGUUUUGUUUGGUAACUGAUGGCAUUACUAUAUGUUGUGGUGAGUAGUGUCAUUCUCACUACUGUAGUAUUAAUAACAGUGUUUAUUUUACGAUUAUUUGGGAUUUUGAGACAUGGAUCUGAAUAUAAACCAGGACAGAAGGGUUCUGUGUCGGUGCUGGUGGUGGCUGGAUCAGGAGGACACACAACAGAAAUCAUCCGUCUGUUGGGGAGUUUAUCUCAGUCUUAUACCCCUCGACACUAUGUGAUCGCAGACACCGAUAAAAUGAGUGAAGAGAAGAUCCGAACAUUUGAAGCAGAGCGGGAGAAAAGUGAUUCAACCUCUCAGUUCACUCUCCACCGGAUUCCUCGCAGUCGGGAGGUGCUUCAGUCAUGGAGUUCCACUGUUCUGAGUUCCCUGAGCGCUCUGAUGUCGUCCGUACCGCUGGUCUUUAGGCUUCAGCCGGAUAUGGUGCUGUGUAACGGUCCAGGGACGUGCGUCCCACUGUGUACGGCUGGGCUGCUCCUGGGCGUCCUAGGCCUAAAAAGGGUCUUGAUCGUCUACGUGGAGAGCAUCUGUCGUGUGGAGACACUGUCUCUAUCUGGGAAGAUCCUCUACUACCUUUCUGACUACUUCUUUGUGCAGUGGGCACCAUUGAAAGACAAAUACCCAAAGGCCGUCUACUUAGGGAGAUUGGUGUGAGGAGAACAUAUAGAGAAAUCCAUUCUCUAGACUUUUUCACGCCUGAUAUAUCACCUGUGAAUUCAUCUGAAAAUUACAUGUGUACUGUCCUUUACAGUGACACUGAUGCGAAUCAUUCCUAUGCAGUUACUGACGUGCUGAAUAAUACACAACUAUGACAACUA